UGGAGCUGUUCGCGUGCUCACGUUCCUGCGGACGCCCAUCCCCACCGCUCCGUAGCCAUCUGCCUCUUCGCUUCGGCGAUGCCUGGUGGCCAUCGCUCCCGUUUUCUGGGUUCGACUGCAUCUUGGGGUCGGGGCGGCCGCCAAUGCCUUCUGUUGGCUUUCGGGGCCGCACAGAUGGUACUCGGGGGUCUGAUCGUCGCCGUCAGCUUCGCCGCUCUGGCGCUCACUUCCUCGGCCAGGGUCCGACAUUCGUGCCCUUUCUGGGCCGGUUUCUCAGUGCUUUUAUCAGGGCUACUUGGUGUUGUUUCCUGGAAGAGACCUAUCUCCCUGGUGAUUACUUUCUUCAUGCUGCUGUCGGCUGUGUGUGUAAUGCUGAGCCUGGCUGGCUCCAUCCUAUCCUGUCAGAACGCUCAGAUGGUGACCUCCCUGGAGGAAUGUCACCUGUAUAAAUUUGAUGGUGAUGGAGUGUGUGUUUGCUGUGAGAUUCAGGAGAAAACAAAAGGUUGCAGCAGCUUCACUGAAACACUGAAACUUAAUGCAGUCCAAGAGUGUGGCACAGUGCAUCUAGCUUUAAAGGAUCUUUUAUUCAGCAUCUGUGCACUGAAUGUUACCUCUACCAUCGUAUGUGCCUUGGCUACUGUGACGUGCUGUAUGCAGGUGGCCACAGCUGAUAUUGUGCAGAUGCUUAUUCCACAGAGACUGAGAAUUCCAAAUCCUGAGUGCGUGUCACCACGUGGUACAGUUCUGCAGCAACCACUGGAUUUUGACGAGUUCAUCCCUCCUAUACCACCUCCUCCAUACUAUCCUCCAGAAUAUACCUGUAGCCCAGGAGUUGAGACCCAGAGAAACCUGCAUCUGGACUUCCAUCACUCGCCCUUCAGCACUACUUACAGUGUGGCCAUUAACAGCCCCAGCUGCCUCUACCCUGCAGAGCUGCCUCCCCCAUAUGAAGCUGUGGUUGGACAAACCUCUACUAAUCAGGGGAGCACGAUGGAUCACCACAGCUCGGAGUCUUCGCAGGAUUACAGUUCCAGUCUGUCUGAGAGAAAUAUCUUCACAGCCUUCAGUACACAAGUGCCUGUGGGCAAUACCUCGCUGACAUUGUAUGAAUCUGCUGAUACCCCAGAACACAGCGGCAUGUCUGUGGAUUGCUGCUCAGUUGACGUUCAGCAAUCUGUGUACACUGUAGACAACGAGAUACCUGCAACUACCACAGACUGUGGUUGCACCAGUUUGGAGGCUGAUGUUGGGUGGCAACACAGGGCUUACUCAGAGAGUUCCUGUGAGGAAGAAAGCAAUUCAAUGGCUCUGUCAUUGGGCUCCAUAGACUGGCGAGAGCACAGAUUGUCAGAGUAUUCUGUAGUGAGUUCCAACACAGCAGGGAAAACUCCCCGAACACCAGCCCAGGCCUGCACUUUAUCACUCAAACAAAUUAAAAUAUACUGUGGAGUCUUCAGGCAGUCCUCAUCUGCCACUAUGCCUGACAGAGUCAGGCUACCACCUCGAAAGAAGACUGGUGAGAACAGAAUAAUCCGAUCCAGCAGUGAUCCUGUCACCUGUACUUCUACAAAAGCUCAUUAUCAUGAACUUCAUUUUGUCACUUCGAGCCAUCUUGCCAAACAUUUCUGGUCAAUCAAACAGCACAUGGGGAAGAUGGAUGGGCAUCGAAAACAGCAAGCACUGCGGGAGGUCUCUAGGGAGCGACCACACUCUCUUGUUGACCUGAAAGCUUAUAAGGACACAAAAAUAUUGGUCACCAAAUUCUUACAGCAUUCCAACUGCAACCUUGCUCCUGAAGUACAACAUGUGAUCAGCAGCAUCCAGUCUGUCAUCUGGUUAGAUGAGCAGCACACGGAGGAAGCGAUUUAUAGUGCCAACAUCAUUGACCAGAUGAUAACUUCUCAACGGCCAAUGAAUGUGAUAAAUCUGCGAUUACAGGAGGACCUUCACCUUCACAGCUGUGGUGAUGUCAGCUCACCAACAGCUUCAGUACGGACUGUCCAAUUAGACCACAGACUUGAACGUGAGCGGCCGCAUUGUUUGACAGAUGCGUGCAGAGAGACAGUUCUGUGACACCUGCUGUGAACUGGGCCAUUUCAGAUGAAAAGAAUGUGGACAGGCAAGGAACAGAUUGGUCUGCAUUCAAAUUUGGAGCUAGACAUCACCUUCCGUUGGGGCGGCACGGUGGCUCAGUAGUUAGCACAGCUGCCUCACAGCGCCAGGGGCCCGGGUUCAAUUCCAGCUCCAGGUGACCAUAUGUGUGGAGUUUGCUCAUUCUCUCUGUGUUUGUGUGAGUUUCCUCUGGGUGCGCCAGUUUCUUUCUACAGAUCAAAAUAUGCAGGUUAGGUGGACUGGCCAUGGGAAUUACAGGGAUAGGGUGAAUCUGGGUAGAAUACAGUCUGGAGGAUCGGUGUGGACCUAAUGGGUGGAAUGGCCUGCUUCCACACUGUAGGGAUUCUAUAGUUCUAAGCUAUAUAUAGAGACAGAGAUUCUCAUUGAAGAGGAGACGGCUUUUUCAAAAUAUUCCAUAUAACUGUGAAAGCUGGAAGUAGUUUGAAAACAUAGGGUGAUUGUUGCCAUGGCUGUUGUCUACAAUGAGAUGUAUGCUGAUCAUUUGCAGUGUUUUGAUAUGAGUAUUUAUAAUUUAUUGCCGCUGAAUGAUUGAUUGUAAAUUGAGGUUGGGUCCACUGCUGUUUGUCAUUUUUAUAAAUGACCUGGAUGAGGGCGUAGAAGGAUGGGUUAGUAAAUUUGCAGACAACACUAAGGUCGGUGGAGUUGUGGAUAGUGAUGAAGGAUGCUGUAGGUUGCAGAGAGACAUAGAUAAGCUGCUGAGCUGGGCUGAGAGGUGGCAAAUGGAGUUUAAUGCAGACAAGUGUGAGGUGAUGCAGUUUGGUAGGAGUAACCGGAAGGCAAAGUACUGGGCUAAUGGUAAGAUUCUUAGUAGUGUAGAUGAGCAGAGAGAUCUCGGUGUCCAUGUACACAGAUCCCUGAAAGUUGCCACCCAGGUUGUCAGGGUUGUUAAGAAGUCAUACAGUGUUUUUGCUUUUAUUAAUAGAGGGAUCGAGUUCCGGAACCAAGAGGUUAUGGUGAAGCUGUACAAAACUCUGGUGCGGCCGCACUUGGAGUAUUGCGUACAGUUCUGGUCACCGCAUUAUAAGAAGGAUGUGGAAGCUUUGGAAAGGGUGCAGAGGAGAUUUACCGGGAUGUUGCCUGGUAUGGAGGGAAGGUCUUAUGAGGAAAGGCUGAGGGACUUGAGGCUGUUUUCAUUAGAGAGAAAAAGGUUGAGAGGUGACUUAAUUGAAACACAUAAAAUAAUCAGAGGGUUAGAUAGGGUGGAUAGGGAGAGCCUUUUACCUAGGAUGGUGACGGCGAGCACGAGGGGGCAUAGCUUUAAAUUGAGGGGUGAAAGAUAUAGGACAGAUGUCAGAGGUAGUUUCUUUACUCAGAGAGUAGUAAGGGAAUGGAACGCUUUGCCUGCAACGGUAGUAGAUUCGCCAACUUUAGGUACAUUUAAGUUGUCAUUGGAUAAGCAUAUGGACGUACAUGGAAUAGUGUAGGUUAGAUGGGCUUGAGAUCAGUAUGACAGGUCGGCACAACAUCGAGGGCUGAAGGACCUGCACUGUGCUGUUAUGUUCUAUGCUCUAUGAGGUUAAGAUGAUUUUACUGUCUGGGCCUGGUACUGAAUAAUCCCCAGUAACUUGCCAUAACUUGAAGACUGCACUUGCUCCAACUUGCAACAAUUCAAGUUAUUUCACUGAUUGUAAGGACAUGACAGAACUGGUAACACUUUCCAGGAUCUCCUGAGUUUAUCUUUCAGCUAUUUGAGGACCAUUUGAGAUAAUGAAAAUGCUGAAGUGGAGUUAUUCUUAAACUGUGACCAAUAGCCCUUCAGUUAGCACGCUACUGGAUUUAAAAUGCAUGAUAAAGUUUAAAUAUUUGUUCAUGUCAUCUUGUUUGUGUGGCAAAGCUCACUGAGUUUAACCAAUCUACUCCACGAGGUUAAAUAAACCAAUAGUUCACAGGAUCCAGGGAGCUGAUCCUCCUACAGCCUAAUAGACUGUAUCAGUUCUCUGGUGCUGUCUCCUUUCAUCUGUGAAUGCAGACCAGUGGAUGAGGAGACCAGAACCAGUGACGACUACUUUGUGUUCAAAAUCGCAAAAGAACAAAAUAUCACCCUAGUGAUUGAGCCUCAUUCACUAAUCAUUGAACAACUGCAAUAUUGCUGUUUUAAGAUGUUAAAAUAUAUUAAUAUUGAACACAUUAUAUGGAAAAAUAUAUUAACUGUCCUCCAGAUAGCCACCUGAUAAUGAAUGAAAAUGAAAUAUCUCCAGUGAGGAGCCCUGGCCGUGUUUAGAUUUUUAAUAUUUGAUAUUCAGCAUCAUUAAUCUAAGGAGGGCUGAAUUAAGCAUCUGGUUGUCCAGCAUUUGACUAAAAUAUUAAAUUGCCACAUUUAUUUUUCUAUAUUGUAAAUUGAAUUGAAUCCUAUGGAUUAAAGACAAACACUUUGUAUGGUCCAGAAAAUAAAUUGGUGCCAAUACCAUUUUUAGCCCCACAUCUAUACCUCUGUGCAGUGCCAAAGAAUAGUUAUUGGUGUCAAAACUUUAACUCUGUUUCUCUUUCCAAAGAUACUACCAGACCUGCUGAAAUUUUCCAGCACCUUCAAUUUUUAUUCCAGUUUUUCAGCAUCUGGAAUAUUUUGGAAGAAGCACAGAUAAAACAAUGGUAUUGUAUCACACCCAGCCCAGUUCAAGUAUCACCUAUUUUUAUGAAAAAGACAAGAACGAGUCUGGAUUUUCUUCCCAUUUGCUUCUUCAGCGAUCCACAGCUGUUCACACUGUUUAUUUCACAUUCUGUAUUCUAGCAGCAGAUUCAUACAACAGCCAACAAAACAUUGCAGGAUCUGCAGCUGCACCAACUCAUUUCCAACUGGAGCAACAUGAUGGGGAAAAAGACAAACUAACAUUUAGCCUCUAGUGCUAGGUACAGCAUUUCAAGAUACAAAUACAAAGACUUUAAUAUUAACAGCUCACUCACCAGCAACACAACAUGCGCGCUGCACAAACACAGGCUAGGCAAGUAACUGUUGUUCAUCAACUGUAACAGAACUAAUUUGUUACAUUCCAGCAGAGCUAAAUGCACAAAGAAAACACUGGUAAGAAAGUUCAAAGCAGUGGGUGUCACUGCAAGCUGUACUGUCUGAGGUUUCUGUGUAUACUUGUUACUAAUUGCAACAAUGGCUGUCUAUCUGACAUUCAGCACUGGACAUUCAAUUAUUUAUUGCACACCAACAUCAUGUUAAAGUGACAUUGUCACUAACUUGUGAAAGAACUUGGUUCAACUUUUAUAAAAUGCAAUAUGUUUGUUUUCAGAGCAGAGGAAGAGCCAUUUCUUCUCUCAAUGGAAAUGGUGCACGGUCUAGUGUGGAGCGACAGAGCAGAAAGACACACAUUCCCAGAGACACAGAUACGCGCGCACACACAGGCACAAACUCUCUCUCAUAUAUACACAAACACUCACGCUCACAAGAAAGAAAACAGACAUGCACACACCCAUGCAAUAUGGGAGGCACUGACACUGUCUUCAUCCCACUGAACACCUCUUCCCAGCAGAAAACAGCUUAUCUGCUGGAAGUCCAUUGAGCAGAUGAACCCGUUUCUUCACAAAAUUAGAUGUACAAUGGUGUUUCUUGUCCAGUUAGGAGUCUAAACAUGGCAGCUGGCAUUGUCUUCAUGUGAAUCUAAAAUUAUUAAAAAUUCAGCAAUUAAAAAUUCCAGCUUUUUCCAAAGCACAUACCUAUUGAGUACAGCAACUUAGAGAGAUGACAGCUGAAGCUUGAUGAUGUGCAGUUUAAACAUGAAUGGAUCCCUCAUGACAUUGUUUGUGAUUUGUUGUUGAGUCGUUAGCGAUGGAAAUAUCACCAUGUAUUUCUUUACCCAUUGGUUAAAGUGUGUCUCCUUGAAAACAAUAUCAAAUAAGUAAACAGCACUUUUGAACAUUCAGAAACUAAGUGCUGUUAAGAAAGCUGUAAAGGUUGUUUUAAAUAUAAAACAAGAUUUCUAAUAGCUGAUCAUUCAAACCAAAUAAAGAGGAUAGGGAGGAUUUACAUUGUAACCUGAAAUAAUUUCAGGGCUCAGACCUACGGAUUUCAUGAAACUUCACUCCCUAAGAAAAUUCAGGAAAACCACUAAUUCUCUUUGAUCACUUAUAAUUCAAUGGCUCUGAUGUUUGUACUGUGUUCUCCAGGUUCUGUAAUCAUUCCACUUUCUACAGGAUCUGCUGUCCUUAAUAUCUUAAAAAGUGUGAUCAAAGCAACCAUAAAUGUCUAAACUCCAGGAAAUGUAAUUGUACUUUAUAUAAUCUUCAACUUCUUUAGCACUCUAAUUUCAGUAUCAUCCUGGUAAAUUCAGGUCAAUGCAUUUUUCCAAAAGCACACAAACAGAAAUUACUGGAAAAACACAGCAGAUCUGGCAGUUAUCUGUGGAGAGAAAUCAGGCAGUUCUGAGAAAGGUCACCAGACCUGAAACAUUAACACUCAUUUCUCUCCACAGAUGCCAGACAUGCCGAGCUUUUCUAGCAAUUUCUGUUUGUAUUUCUGAUUUACAGCAUCUGUACUUCUUUUGGUUGUUGUUUCAGUAACCUUUCAAAGGGGUUGUUCCCAGAACUGCUCACAGUAAUUUCAGGGCUGUGUGUUAAUGUACGUGACUUCUACCUCCACAUAUUCUAGUCCUUUAAACUCAGAAGGCAUUAGUGUUUUAGACUAUUUUCUGUUAAUCUGUUGGUAAAAUGUUAAUAAAGAGAGUAAUAAGCUCUUUGCAUCAAGGAUCUUACCUCACCCACUGAGUUAGACAGAGCUUGAACAAUUUUUU